UGGAGUCAGCCGGAACUGACGUAACGCGGUGCUUCCCGGACAUCAUUCCUAGCCGGUACGGUGGUGUGGGUGGAGACAGGACUCCCGCAGCGGCCCGUCACUGUCGGGUUUAAAUAAAUGGGGCCCAGGUUCCUCUGACCCAUGUCUUCUUGGCCCUCGCGGCUCUCCGUCCAGAUCCCCGAUGAUUUGGCGCUGGUUGCUCCCUUUGAUCUGCGCCCUGUCCGCAGAGGCCGACUUCCUCAGCCUCGAUAGCAUUAGCAACGUCUCUACUUACUAUUUCAACUACUUCUACUGUAACAUCUGGGAGGGGGAGUGUCAGCCGCAGCAGGAUGACUCCACACAGCAAGUUCCUGUUGGGGACCUGUGGCCGAGCUUUCCUCAGGACUACACCAGCCUGGUGCAUCAGUGGUACUGCAGCCUGGGCCAGUGCUGUGAGUCUGGGGACUGCAGGAUAACCAACAACAUCACAGGUUUGGCCAAGGACCUCCAGACGAAGCUCCAUGGGCAGCACCUGGUCCAGUCCGUGGUUCUUAAAGCAAUCCAGGGUUUUAUCAUCAACCCAGAGUCCAACAAGCCCCUGACGCUCUCCUUCCACGGCUGUACAGGAACGGGCAAGAACUAUGUGGCCCGUAUCAUCGCUGACAACCUCUACCGGGAUGGGGUGAAGAGCGAGUGCGUCCGUCUGUUUAUCGCUCCGUUCCACUUCCCGCACGCCAGACUCUUGGAAACAUACAAGGGUCAGCUGAGGGAGGCCAUCCGAGACCUGGUGCUGCGCUGCCCACAGACUCUGUUCAUCUUCGAUGAGGCUGAAAAGCUCCACCCAGGCCUCAUCGAUGCCAUCAAGCCCUUCAUGGAUCAUUAUGACAACGUAGAUGGGGUCAGCUACCGUAGGGCCAUCUUCAUCUUCCUCAGCAAUAUCGGCGGUGCAACAAUUAAUGACGUGGCGCUGGACUUCUGGCACUCGGGUCAGAACCGGGAGGACAUUGGUAUGGAGGACCUGGAGCAUCGACUUCGAGCUGAAACUAUGGAAACACAAGGGGGCUUUGCUCAGAGUGAGCUAAUGUCCAACCAUCUGAUUGACUUCUUUGUGCCUUUUUUGCCUCUGGAGUACCGCCAUGUUAAGCUCUGUGCGCAGGAUGCUUACGCAGCACGGGGUCUGGAGGCAGAUGAAGCAACUCUAGAUGAGGUCGCCAAGGCAAUGCUGUAUGUGCCCAAAGAGGAGAGACUCUUCUCAGCCCAAGGAUGCAAGUCCAUCCCUCAGAGGAUCAACUUCUUUCUCCCGUAGAAGGGGAGAAAGACUCAUCGGCCCGGUGGGGAGGUCCUCAUUGGUUUUUCCAGUCCAUCUGCAGACAGAGCCAUCGAGUGUUCUCCUUUGCUCGUUUCUGCGCACUAACCCCCUCCCCAUUCAGACGCGUACACACCGUGUCUGACCGGGUCCCCCCGGAGAUGGCCAGGCACCAGCGGAGGUUGUGGAUGAGAGGAGCGUGAGCCCCCCUGCAGGGCAUAUCAGCGAUAUUAAAAACAUGGAGGCUUGGACUGAGCUCUCACAGUGUCCAAUUGAAGAUCUGUGAUGUGAAAUGCUACCUGUCAUUAAGCUCUCUAUUUAAGAUUCUUUUCUGCACAAUUACAAGUUGUGCUAUUUUUUUAAAAUGUUUUAUAAAUCCAUGUGUUACAUUUGCAUAGCAAAUAUUGUCCCCUUGACACCUUUUAUUUAUUGAUAUUAUUUGUGCCAUAGUUAAACUUUUUUACUGUGCCAUGUGCUGUUUGUGGAUCUGUUUUAAAGCAGACAUGAGAUCAUGUUGUAUUUUACUGUUCUUGUCUAAGAUGAAUGCACCACCAUUUAAUGCAUUAGUAGACAUGCAUGCCGGAUCCCACCUAUCAAUUCUUUAGAAUUUCUUUUCCUACUUUCACACACAAUUAUUACAUUCAAUGUCUGCACAGAGUGAGAUCAUGCUGAUGAAUGAACAGCUAUUCACAAAGUAACAUGGCUGACAUUGAAAAAACGGUUGUGUAAAUGUUACUGGAAAAUGUUACUGGACAUUUGUGAGGCCAUGUUUGCACGUUGUGAAGAAUCUAUAUGACGGUAAAUGUAUUUUUCUUUUAAAAACAAACUGUGAUGUGUUUUUAAUGUGCAUAAUUCCUACUAUUUUGUUAACAUAUUUCCACUCUGAUCCAUUCUUCUGGGAAAAUGUAAAGAUUUUGUUGAUUGAAGUUCAAAUCAGCUCACAUCUCAUGAGCCAAUGAUAAAUGAAACAGUAAAAUAUUUAUAUUGCUUCAGAUUUGGAUGCUAGUCUGGUUUACUGUCUGAAUGGAUUUCUUUCUUCUAUCAAACUUCUAUCUAACUCAUUUUUUUCCACAUACACACUCAAUCCAUUUACAAUAAAGAGAGUAUCUAUCAAAUAUCAACAGCAUGACUUAAAGUUAUCCCUGUGGUUACUUCAGCCACAUUAUUACAUAUAGUUUCUGUUCCUGUUUCUUCUCAUUGCGUCUUUUAUUUUAGUUUUUUUAGAUUUUGCAAAGUUUACACUAAUUGCAAGCUUUAAUCGUUUUACUGGGAUAUGAUAGAUCAACGCAAAGUGGUGCAAAUAAAAAUAAACUUGUUAAU